AUGAAUUCUAACAAUAACACCUACAAAAGAAAGACAUUGUUGCGUUUGUAUGAAAAAAAUACAUUUCUACAUCAAAAAGAUAAAACUAAAUCAUAUACGCUUAAAAAAAAAAAAAAAAUCGCUCAUCUUCCGAAUAAUGAAUUUCACAAUGAGGUAAACCCACAUUUAACCGCAAACAAUAUUAAAACAAAUGAUACACAAGACGGUUUUGAUCAAACUCUGGAAUUUAAAGAAGAAUGCAAAAUCCCAGGACUGUCAAAAACGAGCAGCCUCAACACAAGAUAUGAACUAAAUUUUAAAAACUAUAUUCAAGAACUUCAUAAUGCAUUGAUAAAAGAGUGCAGUUAUAAUUUAUUAAAUUUGAAUUCAUUAAAUUUAACAUCAGACGUUGAAUCUUUGACGAGUAUCACUAAUCGAACGUUGAAAGCUAUAAAGGAUCAAAAAAUCUUUUCAAUAUUAGGAUAUUUUCCAACAAUUUCUCUUGAGCUGAAAAACCGUGGUUGGGUGGAAAAACGAGAUCCUAACAGACAACCAAUAAAUUAUUUACAUUAUUUGAAAUCAUCACCAUACAUGGUUAAUUGGAUUGAAUCUCCUCCACUGAUAUCGUCAAUUAAUAAAAAUGAUGCCGCCAUAGAACGCUUGAAAAGUGUGCAAUCGUGGACUAUUCUUAAAAAUAAAAAAUCUGAUUAUAUUUUCGUUACUAGAAAACAGUUGAUUAAUUGGUCUACUUUAAGUAAAUUGACAUCCAUCAGUCAGAUGACAAGACACGUAUUUUGUACCAAAGAUGGUUUGGCACAAUGUUUGGAAUAUUACAAAAAUUCUGUGACAAAUUUGAUGUUUCCAAGAUGUCAUUAUAUUAGAUCCGAAGCAGACAGUGAAGCAUUUGUGGAAGAUUACAUUACAACAGCAUUAGUAAGCACACUGAAGAUAAUAGUACAAGCUAUUGAGAAUAAUAAGAUGAUUUUUACAGCAAACGGCAAUAUACCAUAUACAAUUAUUGAUUUUGUGAAACUAUGUAUAUUCAAAUUUCUGAAUAAGCAAAAAACUGGUAGUACAGAAACAGAUAUGUGGAAAUUUAAGAAUCAAAAAAAAGUAUGGAACGAAUUUAUGAUUUAUUACUCAAAACUGAUCAUCGAUAGUAAUGCCAAAUUUGAUCACGAGUAUAUAUAUGAAUUAGAACUAGAUGUUUAUGCCAAAUGUAAAUAUUUACUUGGAGAAGUAAAGACAUAUUGCCCACAACACUAUAUAGAUGGAAUAACCAAUACAUGGAUAAUAAAACCCACGUCAAACUGUUCUGGUCACGGAAUUAUGUUGUCUAGAGACUUGCACACUAUAAAACGAAAAAUCACUGUAGCCGAUGUCUUUAGAAAAAGUUGUAUUUUACAAAAAUAUAUCGAAAGACCCCUUUUGGUCUACGCAUGUAAGAUUGAUUUGCGACAAUGGUUUUUAGUGACGAAUAUGAGUCCAGUAGUUGUGUGGAUGUACAAAGAGGGUUACGUUCGAUUUUGUGCCAACAGUUUCUCCAUGAAAAAAAUGGAUGAAUCUAUUCACCUCAGCAAUGUCAGGCUGCAAACAAAAUAUCGAAAAAUUAGGAAUCCACAAGUACCCGAAGAAUGCAUGUGGAAUUACAGUGAACUACAAGACCAUUUGAGAAAAAUUGGACAAGAAUACGUAUGGGAUGAAUUGAUAUUUCCUGGAAUGUGCGAAAGUAUUUACGCUGUAUUACAGGCCGCGAUGGACACUACGAUACACCGUGACAAAACUUUUCAAUUGUUUGGAGCCGAUUUCUUGAUCACCGAAAACUUUAUUCCGUAUUUGAUCGAGAUUAAUUCCACUCCCGGACUGAAUCCGUCGACGAGCGUUAUUGCCAACUUGGCUCCUGUUCUCCUUAGUGACAUCGUGAAAGUGACGGUGGAUUACGAAAAAAACUCGAAAGCCGACACGGGACUGUUUGUAAUGGUUGUUCCGGAAAAGUGUAAGCCAGCCGUCGCCACGGUUCCGGUAGACAGCGGAAAACCCAUUGAUUCGUCGGUGGUAUAUGCGGUAGGGCCACCUGCGCUAACGACGGGUUACAACCAGCGGAUGGCCAGCAUGCAGAAGAAUCUGGCUGAUAUGCGGGUACAAAUGGUCGCCAAAAAGACUGAACGAGACACACGACGUUAUGUGGGUGUAAACCGUGACCUAUUAUUGGGGAACAGGAACUUAAUAUAAUAUAAUCCAGUGGUCGAUGCAAUUUAUUAAAUUGAUAAAUUAUUUGAUAGUAAGAAAUUAAUCAAUAAAAUAGUUGUCUAAAAUAAAGAUGUCAAAAAAAAUAUUAUUUUUUUGAUUAUAAAGUACCUAAUGACAAAGUAAAGAAAAAAAUUAAAAUCAAAUGUAUGUUUAAUUUUAGCUUCAUUACGGAGAGAAGAAAAACCAAAAAAAAACCGACCGAAAUAGGAACGAUAAUAACUCUAAAUAGACACCACAGCCACCAUCAUACUAUAAACAUCAUACACCAUCAUACUACUGACCAUGAUUUUAAAAAAAAUAAUAUUAUUACAGUUUUAUGGUUGUUGUAACCGUUUUAAAAUUUAAAGCCCACCGGCGUUCUCUUCAUUAACAAAAUAUUACAUCAUUUUCAUUUGCUCGAUACUAAUAGCAUUUCAAAAAAUUAUCAGAUUCAUUAUAGCUGGGUGACCCGAACAACGAAAUUUCAUAAUUAUUGUGUGCAGCGCAGACUAAUUGUUGGAUGGAUCAUCAAACGCUCUGGGAUUGAAACCAAGAGGAUCUAUAAUACUGCAAUAUCCAUAUACGGGUCUAUAUGAAAUUCCUCCGAUCUUCCAAAAAUUUGUUGAAGAAUUGCUAUUAUUGAUUGAUAAUGAUAUUGAUUUUUACGGCAAAACAAUCUUCUCUGAUAUU